CACGAGAAUUCGAGAUUCUAAAGAAUCCAUAUCAUUUCUCCCUCGAAACAUCUUGGUGAAGUGCUAUCGAGACAUCUACCGGGUUCAACUUCCCUUGAGGCACCGUAUUUCAUUCUCGCCGGUCAUUAAAUCCAUCGCCGCCUCUUUCCAUCAGCUCUGAACGGUUCAUCAAAACGGCAGAUUCAGGAGAGAUCUAAUCUUCACGUAACAGAAACAAACGAAUUCGCUAAACAGACAAAAAUGGAAGAAGAAGCUACCGUAGCCCAAUGGAUGGGUUCCUAUUAUCAGGUGGUCUUAAAGGAGCCAGCCGGUCAAUGCAUUCAGGGGAUCUUGACCGGUCUCGUUCCCCAACAACACCUCACACUAGCUCCCGCUAUUGUUUUGGGCACCAACCAGUUCUAUGAACGACUUAACGUCGAUGCUAUGAAUGUUUAUGACAUCACACCGCUUCAAAACAUCUCUUUCCCGAUGCCUACCUCUUCAGUCGCAUCUCCGCCCAUCCCUUCGAUACCUUCAGUAAAGAGACCUCAGCCUGCGUUUCAAGAUCCUGCUAUUCUCAGCCUUACUCCUAGAUCGGACUCGACUUCACGUUUUACUCACCCUCCUACGCAGCCAAACAUAGCUGAGAAACGAGACCCCCCGUUUGUUACCAAUCCUGCAGAUCGAAUGACAUACGAUUCUCCUGACGAAAUUACCGAUGCAGCUGCUCCUAGUAGCAUUAGUGUGCCCAUGGCUCAAUUGAAAAUCUCCCCGAACCCGGAGGUGAUACAUGGACUAAGAGAGGGGGCUGAAUCGGUGUCCAACAUUCCCCAUGAUCCAUCGGAUCCCAGAAAAGACCGCUCCCGAAGCACGCGCGGCCGGGGACGGCGUAGAAACAAGAUAGCUGAAGGCAACAGUUCUUCAACACAACGAAAUAACCGAGGCCCAGGUUGGAGAGAGACCCCUAUAUUAGAAUCGACGGAGUCAUUCCAGCCGUUCAAAGCUCUCAAGAAGAGCCAGAAAGCUCGAGUUGACGCACUUGCAAAUAAUGGCUGGGCUUCAGAAGACGUCACGGACGUGCAGGGGGCCGGUGACUUCGACUUUGAAGGAGGCCUUGCUAAGUUUGAUAAGCGAAAGAUAUUCGACGAGAUGAAGGAGCAAGACAAGAUUGACGAAUCCGAACGAUUAGUGUCUCAUAACCGACUUCCCCGGCCAAAGCCGGGAACGGCUGGGGGUAAGAACCUGCAUUACACCGAAAACGUUCUGGAUCUGCCAACACCCACCUUAAAGCCGAGGGAGUCGUCGGGCGAUUACUGGAAAAGUGAGGCUGACGAUGAAAUUCUGAACGGUGCCGAGCAGCAUUCGGGAAGUGGUCGUAAUUCUAGACUACGAGGAGAAUCUCGAGUGUCGAUGAACCGACGUUCGCAAUCGCGCAAGGCUAGUACUGCGGCAAGUGUUGGCGGUUCAAGUCGAGUUAACUCAGGGCAAUCCGCUGCAAUUCCUAGCGGUUUCUACGCUGUAAAGUCCAAUCGCCGAAUCGAGGCGAUCGCUCAUCUCCCUAUGCAGACACUUGAGAAUGUGGCACGCCAUGAGUUCGGCUUCACUGAGGAUCUCUUGGCCGAAAAUGCUGGCCGCGGUAUUACGGAAGUUGUUAUGCUUGCCCUCGAUGACCCUGCGAUCACACUUCGCGCUGCUGCAACUUCACCACCGACUAACCCCACGAUCGCGGUGCUGGCCGGCAACAACAAAUCGGGAGUCCGCGCUCUAGCGGCCGCUCGCCAUCUCCGAAACCGCAGUGUAAAUGUUCUGGUCUGCGUCGUUGGCAUCGAGCGCGAAAAGGAGUUGCUAGAUGAUGUCAGGAAACAAAUUCGACUUCUUCGCAAUUUUGGUAGCAUCAUAUUCACGAAAACGGAGCUUUUCGAACAUGUCAGCCAUACUAGUACCGCUCUAGAAUCGGCUUCUCAAGGUUCCAUAACCCUAAUUAUUGAUGCUCUCUUAGGACUCACGACGCCAUUUGAAGAGCUGCGCAAGUCCGACCAGGCCACGACGUACGAAUUGAUGGAGUGGUCUAAUAGGAACGAGGCAUUCGUGAUGGCGAUCGAUCUGCCAAGCGGCAUCGAGCCUCAGUCCGGCAAGGCCAACGUCAUCGACGGAGCCAAGCUCUACGUCCAACCCCGCUACAUAGUUGCCCUCGGUGCCCCGAAACUAGGCCUGUUGAAGGCGUUAGAGAUGGGCGAUGAGAAUGGCGAUAUCGUCAUGGUAGAACAGUGGAAGAUUUUCUUAGCAGAUAUCGGUCUUAGCCCUGUCAUCUGGCGCAAAGUGGCGACUAAGAUUCGUCGCGGAAUCGAGUUUGAUAACAACUGGGUGUUAGAACUGCGCUAUCAACCCCGAGUGGACGGUGUGGAUGAUUAGGUGUCUUCCAACACCGUCGCCCCUGCAUGCCACGAUUGCCUAGCAUGCAAAUAUAUACCUUCCAUGCAUGACAUAUGCGCAUCGAGGGGCACCAAGCUCUAGAUCGAGAACUCGUUGACGAGAUUUAGGCUCUUCGAAGGCGACAAUUACGUUUCUCGCUUGAUCAAUGACGAUCUUAGGAUACGAUUCGUAAUGAUCCUACAAGAAGAUCGGCGUCCUCUACGAACUCGAACACGGAUCGGAUACUUGAC